AGGUCGCCAUAAAAGCUCAGACAAUAGUAGGCUUUUCAGUAGUGGAUAACAGUACACUGGACUGUCUUUCACAGGGGAGCAGUAUUUUAUAAGUAGUGACUUUUUGAGUUACCUGUUGAGGUCAAAGAUGUGUACAGGAGGUUGUGCCAAGUGCCUAGGCAUUACCCUAAUUCCUUUAGCCAUUUUAUGUGUACUGGCCAACAUUUUACUGUUUUUUCCUGCUGGAAAGGUUGCAGAAAGCAAUGAUCACAUAACGAGGGAAGUUUUCUACCUUGGUGGACUGGCGGGAUCUGGAGUGCUGAUGAUUUUUCCUGCGCUGGUAUUUUUGGGUAUGAAGAAAAAUGACUGCUGUGGGUGCUGUGGCAAUGAAAGCUGUGGCAAGAGAUUUGCAAGUUUUUCUUCCAUCCUCUUUGCUGCUGUUGGAUUUGUCGGAGCCGGCUAUAAUUUUAUUAUUUCUAUAGUGGCUAUCAAUAAAGGACCAAAAUGUUUUUUUGGAAAAGAUGGUCAGGCACCUGGGAUCUGGGAUUAUCCUUUUAGUGAUGGGAAUUACCUUGGAAACCAGACAUUAUGGAAUACAUGUCAAACAUAUACUAAUGGUGAUUUCAAAGUAAAUACAGAAACCACCAUAACCUGGAACCUGACCCUCUUCUCUAUGCUUCUGAUUAUGGGUGGGAUACAAGCUGUACUCUGUGCUGUACAAGCUAUCAAUGGAUUAAUAGGAACAAUCUGUGGAGAUUGCAAGUGCUGCGGGUGCUGCGGGAAUGAUGGACCUGUUUAACUCCUGGUGAUUUCUGAAUUACACGACUUGUGUGCCUAAUGUACAAAUAUCAUCAAGCAAAGAAAGUGGAGCUAGACUACAGAUGAAGAGCCUGUAUGACUCUGACUGAAUGUUGUAUUGUACAACACCAGAAAAUCUUGUGAUAUUGUAAACAAUGUAUUUGAUACUACAACUGUUACCCACUGUACCCGUAAAUCUCACUAUUAUCUGUUUUGCAUUAUUUAUUUUGCACUAGGACUGCCAUUGCCCAAAAAAAUGGCCUGUGCGCUACAUGAGGCUCUCAGCUUCCUCCGAUAUUGCUGGGCAACCUCUAGGCAGGUACUUUCCAAAAUUCUUGUCUGAACACGUACAUAUUAUACUUAACAUAAGCAUUAUAGCAACAUAAGAUUAUUUUUAAUAAAAGCUUAUUAAGUCUUA